AGUUAUAGUUUUACCUUUUAGAUAGACUAAGGACUAAUUUGAUCAUGUUGAGAUUUGUCAUAUUCCUGGCCCUGAUAACAACAAUCUUAUCUCAAGGUUACCAUGGUGACUCAAGAACUGCCGCUAUACUAGCCGAAGACAGAUACUUACAAGCUGACGGUCGUUUCGGCGCCCAAUAUCAACAAGAAGACGGUGUCAACUUCAAAGAGGUCAGUUCACCAGACGGUACACGUCAAGGUUCCUAUUCCUAUGUAGAUCCUAACGGUCAAAGACAUACGAUAACCUAUACGGCCGGUAAAGAUGGUUUCAUGGCUUCCGGAGAUGGCAUACCUCAACCGGUUCCUACGACACUUCCAGUUGCUCCGACACCCGGAUAUCAACCGUUACCCCAAUACAAUCCUCCGGAGUAUUCUAGACCGCAAUCUCAAUACCAACCAAGAUCGCAGUACCAACAGCCACAACCUCAGUAUCAACCACAAUCGCAAUACCAACAGCCACAACCUCAGUAUCAACCACAAUCGCAAUACCAACAGCCACAACCUCAGUAUCAACCACAAUAUCAACAACCACAACCCCAGUAUAGACCUCAACCACAAUAUGAACCGACUACUCCUUCUCCCCAUAGAUUUUAUCCACCUGGAAAAUUAUCUCUUAACAGAUCCCCCGAUGGUUUUCAAUUUAGUUUUAAAAAAUCAUAAUGAAAUACUAAUCUAUCGAACUAGGUGUCUAUUUUAAUAAAAAAAUAAUUUAUAUGAAGUAUAUUUUCUUCUUUCUGUGUGCAUUCCUUUUUGCCUGCUGUUUAUACGGAUUUCUCUUCUCUGGACACAUUUUGUUUAGAUGUACAUCCCCUUUAUCUGUUUGUCCUUAUUUUGUUUAUUAUAUUACUAUCACUUUAUCUUUUUUUAUUUUGUUGUAUAUAUAUACCCUAACCUCACUUUAUGUAGUAAACUUAUUUCUCCAGUAACUUUUUCUUAUUAUUGCUUUGUUUGUGUUUAACUAUCUCGUUUAAAUUAUCAGAUAUUUAGACCUCUUUUCGUAGUUUAGUUGUAUACGAGGCUGUGUAUAGCAAUGUCUGUUCGAUUCAAAAUUUUCCUAUUGUAGUCAAUUAACAGACUGAAUUAUUAAAUAAAAUAAUAGAAUUGAAA